AUGUCGUCAACAAUCGAACCCUUUGAGAUCCCAUCAAUACCCGCUGAAAGACUCGCUUUGCUCAAACAGAAACUCCAGAAUGCCGAGUAUCCCAACGAGCUGGAGAAGGAUGUUGGAUGGGAGUAUGGUGCGCCACGAUGGGCUGUCGAACCACUUGUGAAAGCAUGGCUCAAUGAUUAUGACUGGGAGAAGGCGCGUGCCGAAAUGAAUAGUUGGCACCAUUAUCAUGCUACGAUUCAAGGUUUGCACGUUCAUUUCAUUCACGAGCCCUCUACCGUGCCGAAUGCUAUCCCUCUUCUUUUAAUGAAUGGCUGGCCAUCAACGUUUUAUGAAUAUCACAAAAUAAUCGAGUCGCUUCGAAACGGCGCUAACGGUGGUCAGGCUUUUCAUGUCGUUAUUCCAAGCUUACCGGGUUAUGGUUUCUCAGAAGCACCCAAGGUACCAGGCUAUGGUGUCGCAAAGAAUGGCGAAAUGAUGGAUGAACUGAUGGCCACCCUUGGCUAUACUCAAUAUAUGCUGGCGGGUUCUGACUGGGGAUCUAACAUUGGCAACUGGAUGGCUAGAAACUGCUCGGACCGCUGCAAGGGAUUUCAUAGCGUUAUGCCGCUUUGUUUACCACCCUCACCAACAAACACGCUAUCGCUUUUAUGGACGCACCCGCUUCACGUAAUCAAGUUUUAUGCAAGCAUAAUAUUGGGCAUCGAAGCCGUAUAUGGCAAUGGGUUUGAAGCCGAAGAACUGGCAUUUGCCAAUGUGCAAAGCGAUCCUGAAUCAGGUUACCGUGCUAUCCAUGGCACCCGUCCUUAUUCAUUAGCGUAUGGCCUAGCUGAUAGCCCUGUAGGUCUCUUGGCAUGGAUGCUUGAAAAGUUUCAUAAUUGGACUGAUCAUGGCGGUAUACAUGACACCGAGUCGUUACCAGAUACCAUUUCUGUUGAUGAAUUCUUGACGAUGGUGACCAUUUAUUGGCUGACAAAUUCCAUGUCUUCAUCCAUACGUAUAUACUAUGAGGCCUUCCACGAGGAUGAGACCAUGUCAACUUGCACGGGUCGCGUCAAUAUCCCUACUGCGAUCAUUCAAUUUCCUGCUGAGCUUGCAAAGUUUCCCAGAGACUGGGUGGAAACGAGUGUAAACUUACAACAGUAUAAUGAACCGGAUGUGGGAGGCCACUUUCCGGCCUUGGAGACAGAUCAAUUACUAUUGGAUGAUCUUCAGCGCUUUGGGAAACUGUUAAGAACCGAAAAGUGGAUCAACUGAUAUGCAUGGUGAACUAUCAUAAUACUUGCUUGUAUACCUGCUCAAUGGGCACGCAUCGACCAAAUUAUAUCAUAUCAUUGUACGCAAUGAGCUUAACUAUUGCCAAUAUAUCUUCAAAAAAUCGUGAUUUGUUAUUUCGCUCAAUUAUAAUGAUACGGGAGUGUAGGAACGAAGGGAUUGAAUAGAGCUCCUUAUCCAAACUCACAUUGUUAUUUCUAUUACCCACUACCACCGAGCCGGUUAU